AUGGGUACCGACCCAGAUCCCGCGAAGAACUUCGAGGCGGCGCGAAAGGAUGGCUCGCCUUCGGGCGCGACGCGUGAUGGCAGUCUCGACAUCCACGUCAUCAAUGAUGCAGCCAUCAUUCCCAAGGGCGCCUUGGAUCCCGUUUACGAGUCCAAGGCUCGGGUGCUCAACCGCGCUAUACAAGAAAUCGGUAUGGGACGAUACCAGUGGCAGCUUUUUAUCGUCGUCGGUUUCGGUUGGGCAAGCGACAACCUAUGGCCUAUCGUGACGUCGUUGAUCUUUACCCCAAUCACCAACGAGUUCGGCCCUUCACGACCUCCUCUUCUCACGCUCGCACAAAACAUCGGCCUUCUGGCAGGCGCCAUGUUCUGGGGCUUCGGCUGCGACCUCUUCGGUCGCAAAUGGGCCUUCAACCUCACAUUGGGUCUGACCGCGUUCUGGGGAUUGGUCGCGGCUGGUGCUCCCACUUUUGCUGGAAUCGGCGUCUUUGCGGCCUUGUGGUCAUUUGGUGUUGGAGGCAACCUCCCUGUCGACUCGGCCAUCUUCCUCGAAUUUCUUCCGGGAACUCACCAGUACUUGCUGACGGUUCUCUCCAUUGACUGGGCUAUAGCCCAAGUCAUCGCAACUCUGAUCGCGUGGCCACUACUUGGUAACCUUACAUGCCAAGAAGGCGCGACUUGCACCAAGGCCAACAAUAUGGGAUGGCGGUACUUCAUGAUCACGGUUGGUGGAUUGACUAUGCUUAUGUUCCUUGUCCGUUUCCUGGUCUUCACCAUUUACGAGUCGCCAAAAUACCUUAUGGGCAAGGGACGUGACGAAGAGGCCGUCCGAAUUGUCCACGAAGUCGCUAGGCGAAACGGCAAGACUACGUCUCUCUCAAUCGAAGAUCUCAAGGCGUGCGAGCCUGAGGGUUAUGUUGCGCGGAACGAUGUUGCAACAACCGUCAAGAGGAAUCUGGAGAAGGUCAACCUCAAUCGCAUACGCAUUCUGUUUUCGACGCGCCGUCUGGCCUUAAGCACCGGCACGAUCAUGGCUAUCUGGGCACUCAUUGGUCUCGGCUACCCUCUCUAUAACGCGUACAUACCAUACAUCCAGGCAACACGAGGCGCCGAGCUCGGCGACGGCAGCACUUACCUGACCUAUCGCAACAGUCUGAUUAUCGCUGUCCUGGGCGUCCCCGGAGCGUUGCUCGGAGGUUGGCUAGUCGAAUUGCCGGCACUGGGAAGAAAGGGCACUCUUGCCAUCAGCACCGUUCUGACGGGAGUCUUCCUCUACUGUUCGACGACCGCGAUGACCAGCAAAGCGCUUCUUGGAUGGAAUUGUGCCUUCAAUUUUUGCAGUAACGUCAUGUACGCAGUCCUUUACGGCUUCACCCCCGAGUUGUUCCCAACGCCGCAGCGCGGGACUGGCAACGCGCUCACCGCGACAAGCAAUCGCAUCUUCGGUAUCAUGGCGCCUAUAGUCGCCAUGUUCGCCAACCUCAAGACGUCGGCGCCAGUCUAUACCAGUGGCGCUCUGUUCAUCGCCGCUGGGCUCUUGGUACUGAUACUACCCUUCGAGUCGAGGGGGAAAGCAGCUUUGUGA